AUCACAAACAACGAGUUGUUCUAUAUUUUUGCGCACGACACCAGAUAACCGCCCUCUGACUACGAUUACGUCAUACAGUGCAAUUAUCAAACAACCAGCAGAUCGUAAACAGAUUAUCUCUAAUAAAUUCAUUUCGUUUUGCAGCGUCAUUUAGUCGAAAUUUGGUUUGACAGUACCAGCUCUGUUGAAUGUUCUGUGUUCACUAACAAAUUUCUAAUAGUAAUUUCAGUUUUAUUUUAUGUUGUGUUGCCACUCGUAUAUAAAAUAUAAUUUUACUAGGCUUCAACUAAAUUUUGAAGAUCAAGAUCUACAAUGGUAAACAUUCCAGAGAAUAUUAAUAAAAUUUGUGUUCAUACUGGAAAUAUACUGAAUUUAAAUGAAGUUAAGAAAAAUGCUGGGCAGAAUUCGUCAGAAGAGCUUGUGGAAAGUUUAAAAAUAGCAUUGAAAGGUUGGUCUCCACCCGCAGAAAAUAAUGGAACAUGUUUGGAAGUUAGAAGCAAUGAUGAAACUAUCAAAGUUUCUGGUGUAGAGCGAAGUGAGCUUCGGACGAGUGCCAAGGUUUUCAUCACAAGUGAUAAGAAAGAGGCACUUCAAGAGGCCAUUGAUAAAUUGUUUGCAUCGCUGGAGGCAGAUAAUAUAGACUCUGUAGUUAUGGCAUACACAGGCACCUCACAUGAGGCUAAUAACCGGCUAAGCGAGAUACAACACCUAUGGGAAGUGCUGGAGGCUAAUGUACAGAGUGGCAAGUUGAGCAGAAUAGGGAUUAGUGAUGUUGACACUGACUUGUUCAUCACAUUGUAUAACUCGGCAAAGACAAAGCCGAGUAUUGUACAGAUAAACCUUGCCAGCUGCUGUGUGGUGCCACCGGCUCUGCAAGAAUUCUGCAAACAGAAUGACAUUCAAUUGCUUACGCACAACGACCCACUUGACUUUUUGCCAUCAAAAAAAUUGCAUGCAGCUUUUGGUCUGAGCAAUGAUUCCAGCACUUUCACCUACAAGUGGAUAACUCGAUACUUGACUUUGCUGUGUUGUCGAGGUGUUAUUGCUGCCAAGGGAGCUUCUGCCAAAUCAAGCAUUACAGACCAUUCUUCAGCAAGAAAGCCAAUUGUCCCGGGUUGACUGGGCAGUCAGAUUCCAGAUCCAUGUUAAGUGCCGCGGUGUAUUGGCAACAAAGGGCUACAUUAUCUGCAUCAGUCUUCAUGAAUGCUAAAGCAGAACCUACACUAUAUUCCCUAUGGGUGUCUAACAAAUAAUAGAGCACAAUAUUCCUAGGUUUGCUAUAUUUGCUAUAAUAUCUCUUGUUGAGAAACAUUAAACAUAUAUUAAAAACUACUUAUUACUUUAAGAUUAUGUACUUGAAAUGUUAUUUUUUUAAGAGGAAAUAUUUUUUGUAUCAUCUUAGUCUAGUACGCCUAAUGAUUAGGUUACAAAUUUUAAAAUUUGUACUAACUUCUUUUUUUAAUGAAAUAUAUCUUUAGUCAAAGCAGUAGCCAUGAUGAAUACUUAAUAUUGGUUUGAUUAAUCUUGUUUGUUUUUUGUUUGUAUUUAUUUUCUAAUCAGAUCUUUCUGCUGCUGCAUUUUCUGUAAUUAAGGCAACAUUUUGAGAAUAAAGUAAUUCUUAUUAUCAGUAUAAUGUGAUCUACAAUAUGUAAAGGGCCUUUUUACUUAAUGUUAAUUUAUAGAAUAUAAGUAUGUAAAAUUACUUAAUUUUAAUUAGCAACUUUAUGUACACAGAAAAUGUAACUUUUAUGGAAAGUAAUCAGUUAUUGGUUGCAGAGUUUUGUGCUUUUUUAUACUUAAUAAAACAUUUUGAACAUUCCAGGAUAUUUGCUUUAAAACAAAAUAAAAAGUAUAAGAAAGAAACAAUUUGUUUGGGCUACAACUGAUAAAAGUAUUAUCUAAUAACUUAUUUAAGUAUUAAAUAUGUAUAAAUUAUCGUUUAAAAUAUUUACAUUUUGUUAUGUUGUUAUUUUAUUAAAAAUUAUAUUAUUUUAUUCCUUGUA